AUGUCGCGUCCGACUCUUCUUCAAUCCCAAACCAAUGCUCUUCUCACUCUUCUCAACCUAAACCAACCUGGUCCAGCUGCAAGCUCAUCAGCGGGACCUUUUCCUAGACCUUCGUCUCCAUUGUCAACAUUCGACGAGAAUGCUCAAGCACCGUUGGUUUGGAAGGUCCUGAUUUUAGAUGAACAGAGUAAAGAUAUUUUAGCUACUAGUUUGAGAGUACAAGACUUGAGGGAACAAGGCGUUACACUUCAUAUGCAAUUGCAUACACCUAGACCACCUUUAGCAGAUGUACCUGCUGUUUACUUUGUUUCACCUACAUUGGCUAAUAUCAAGCGAAUUGCCGAGGAUUUGAACCCACCUCUUUACUCAUCCUAUCAUUUGUCUUUCACUUCCUCUUUACCAAGAUCAUUACUGGAAGAAUUAGCUUCGUUGAUACUUGCCAAUGAUCCAUCUGGAAGUACAGGUCAAUUGAUAAAUUCAGUUCAUGAUCAGUUUUUAGACUUCCUUGUACCUUCAUCAAACCUGUUCUCCCUACUGCCUCGAAGGGAAAUCCAACAACAAGAAUCAAAUGGUGUACAAGGGAAGAAAGGUGGUAAUAAGGGUCCUAAAGAGAAGGAAGUUGAAGGGAGACCAAGUUAUGUCGUAUUGAAUGAUCCAAAGGCUGGCGAAAUUGAAAUUGAUGAAGAGGUGGAAAGAGUUUCAAAAGGCUUAUUCAGUGUAAUAACUACCAUGAACUUCAUACCUAUCAUUAGAUGUCCCAGAGGUAAUGCCGCGGAAAUGGUAGCGAGAAAACUAGAUGCCAAGUUGAGAGAUCACGUAGCCUCGAGUGCGUCUCAGCGUGGCGGUGCGGGAAGAGAUGGGGGCUAUGGUGUAGACGGGUUGAAUAGUCUUCAAAGACCAUUGCUCGUGAUACUUGACAGAAACGUGGAUCUAAUACCUAUGCUCUCUCAUUCGUGGACAUAUCAAGCAUUAGUACACGAUGUACUGGAUAUGAAGUUGAACAGAGUCACUGUCGAGUCCCCCGAAAAUGGACGACUUCAAAAGAAAUCCUAUGAUAUUGAUUCUAAAGACUUUUUCUGGGAGAAGAAUGCUGGCAAUCCUUUCCCACAAGUAGCUGAAGAUAUCGACACUGAAUUAAGUCGAUAUAAAUCUGACGCUGCGGAACUCACACGGUCGACGGGAAUCAGUGAUGUCAAUGAUGUCGCUCAAAUUGAUUUCUCCUCCAACACUGCUAAUCUAAAAACAGCUAUCACCGCUUUACCUGAAUUAACAGCUAGAAAACAUACUCUUGAUACGCAUAUGAACAUCGCUACAGCACUCUUACAAGCAAUCAAAGAAAGAGGACUCGACAAUCUAUUCCAAAUAGAAGAGACAGCGUCCCGACAAAGUAAAGCUCAAGUGAUCGCCACGUUGAAAGGACAAACAGAUGAUCCAGAACAAACAGCACAUCCAUCACCGGAUGAUCAGUUGCGAUUAGUGAUCAUCUACUUCUUAUCAAUGAUGGAUGCUUUACCCAAAGAUGACUUGAUUGAAUUGACGAAUAUGCUGAAAGAAGCUGGAGCCGACGUCAAUGCUUUAGAUUAUGUCAAGAAGGUUAGGGAAAUUACCAGAAUGACUAUGAUGGCUUCUCAACCUACAAUCGCAGCUGCCCAAACUGCUGCUUCAUCGGGAGGAGAAUGGACAAAAGGUUUCAGUGCUUUAGGUAACAGAAUUACCGAUCGAUUAAGGGAAGGUGGAAUAACAGGGGUUGGAUUGGACAACCUGAUAUCAGGAGUAAAGAACUUCUUACCUGCAAGAAAGGAAUUGACGAUUACCAGAUUAGUGGAAGCUUUAAUGGAGCCUUCAACAGCUACCACACAAGCACUACAAGAUACAGAUGAUUACUUGUUCUUUGAUCCAAGAGCUUCCAGAGGUAGGAAUCCAACUUCAUCAGGAAAAGGUAGACAACAAUACAGUGAAAGUGUCGUUUUCGUAGUUGGAGGUGGUGGAUAUGUCGAAUAUGGUAAUUUGAUGGAAUGGGCGAACAGAAAUCAAAGAGAAGGUGGCGGCGGUGGCAAGAAGAUAACUUAUGGAAGUACGGAAAUCCUUAAUCCUACCGCUUUCGUGAAAACUCUCGCGGAUUUAGGAUCAGCUUAA